AUGGCCACAAUCAUAUGCACUCGAUUCAGCGAGGAAUACCAGAUGUAUGAAGAGCUGGGAAAGGGAGCUUUUUCCAUUGUAAAACGGUGCGUUAAGAUUCUGUCUGGACAGGAAUAUGCGGCGAAGAUCAUCAACACAAAGAAACUGUCGGCUCGGGAUCACCAGAAGCUGGAGAGAGAAGCUCGGAUUUGUCGUUCUCUUAAGCACCCUAAUAUUGUGAGACUGCAUGACAGUAUAGCUGAGGAGGGCCACCACUAUCUGAUUUUUGACUUAAUAACUGGUGGGGAGCUGUUUGAGGACAUCGUGGCUCGUGAAUAUUACAGUGAGGCUGAUGCCAGUCACUGCAUUCAACAGAUCCUGGAAGCUGUUCUACAUUGUCAUCAGAUGGGAAUUGUACAUCGAGACCUCAAGCCUGAAAACCUGUUGCUCGCAUCCAAGUCCAAAGGAGCUGCCGUGAAACUUGCAGACUUCGGGCUGGCUAUAGAAGUUGAAGGGGACCAACAGGCCUGGUUUGGUUUUGCCGGAACUCCUGGCUAUCUCUCUCCUGAAGUGUUGAGGAAGGAUCCCUAUGCUAAGCCUGUGGACCUGUGGGCUUGUGGUGUCAUCUUGUAUAUUCUGCUGGUUGGUUACCCACCAUUCUGGGAUGAAGACCAACAUAGACUGUACCAACAAAUCAAAGCUGGGGCUUAUGAUUUCCCGUCUCCGGAGUGGGACACCGUGACACCUGAGGCAAAAGACCUUAUCAACAAGAUGCUGACAAUCAACCCUGCCAAACGCAUCUCCGCAGGCGAGGCACUCAAACACCCUUGGAUCUCGCAUCGUGCUACUGUGGCCUCCUGUAUGCACAGACAAGAGACAGUUGACUGUUUGAAGAAAUUCAAUGCAAGAAGGAAGCUUAAGGGGGCGAUUCUCACCACAAUGUUGGCCACACGAAACUUCUCAGGUGGCAGAAGCUCAGGCAACAAGAAGGCAGAUGGUGUGAAGGAAUCCACGGAGAGUACCAACACCACAAUUGAAGACGAGGAUACGAAAGUGCGUAAACAAGAGAUUAUCAAAGCCACAGAACAGCUAAUUGAAGCGAUUAGCAAUGGAGAUUUUGAGGCAUACACGAAGAUGUGUGACCCUGGGGUCACCGCGUUUGAACCCGAGGCGCUGGGAAAUCUGGUGGAAGGGCUCGAUUUUCAUCGAUUCUACUUUGAGAAUUUGUGGUCUAAGAACAACAAGCCUGUCCACACCACCAUCCUGAACCCACACAUCCAUCUGAUUGGAGAAGAGGCUGCCUGUAUCGCGUACAUCCGCAUUACACAGUACAUAGACAGCAAUGGGAUCCCACGCACUGCCCAGUCCGAGGAGACUCGCAUCUGGCAUCGCCGCGAUGGCAAAUGGCAGAUUGUCCACUUCCACCGAUCGGGAUCUCCGUCUGCUCUGGCCAACUGAAAAUCCUUCUCUCCAGUCUCCUGCUGCUAUCCAUGACUGACUUGCACGCAAGGAAAAUAUCCUCCUGUUGAAACCUCACCGCUGGACUCAUGUCUCCCCCCC